AUGGCUGCAGGCGGUGCCGGCGCACCACCAUACCCACAAGCUCUCCAGCCUGGCUAUCCGGGACAACAGCAACCCUACCAGCAACAACCUCCAUAUCAGUCGGGUCCACCAGGCUACGGCUCGCCGGCACCUGGUUACGGUCAGCAGCAGCAGCAGGGCGGUUACUCACGUCCACCUCCGCCGCCGCCAGGUCAGCUGGUGAGUCCUUACCCAGGUCAGCAGCAGCAACAAUAUGGCCAUCCGCCAUCACAACAAUACGGAGGACAUGGUUCGCAGCAACAAUCGCAGUACGGGUCACAGCCACCGUAUUCACAGCAACAAUCACCAUAUCCUCAGCAAUCGGGUCCACCAGGUUACGGCUAUGGCGGCCCUCCUCCACAGCAAGGCGGCGGCUACGGAGGACCUCCUCCGCAAGGUCAGUAUGGACAGCAGCCACCUCAAGGCGGAUACGGCGGACAGCAGGGAGGACCCCAAUACGGAGGAGCACCACCACCACAAGGCGGAGCACCACAGAAUGUGCAGGGCUACGUUCAGCAGCUGCAGCAGGCAGUGCAGGAGAAGCAGCUAAAUGCGUUCUACGGCCCUGGCACGCCCGGCGGACAGCGUCUCCCGCAGAUCGCCCAACGUGCUGCACAACAAGUUGACCGCCUCUGCCAGGCGUGGCGCAUCCAGAGAGAGAUCGCUACGGAUAUCGUCCGUCUUGCACUGUAUGAUGUCGUGAUCUACAUCGACGACUCUGGCUCCAUGUCCUUCGAAGAGAACGGCGAGCGUAUCAAGGAUCUCCAGCUCAUCAUGCAGCGCGUGGCAUUUGCCGCCACCCUCUUCGACGAGGACGGUAUCGAUGUUCGCUUCAUGAACGAUGAGCAGAUCCCGCUCAACAUGCUAUCUGGUCUUCGCACGGAGCAGCAGAUCGAGCAGCUGCUCACGAACAAGCGCUACAAGGGAUUGACGCCGUUCGGUACCGAGCUUCGCAAGAAGGUCAUCGAUCCGAUCCUCAUCCCUAAGCUCCGUAGCCAGCAGCUGCAGAAGCCGCUACUGGUCAUUGCCAUCACCGACGGUCAGCCGGCGGGCGAGAACCAGAAUGAGUUGAUUGACACCGUGCGCUAUGCUCUUGAUAAUGCACGUCGCUCGAGCUACGGUACAGGUGCGAUUGCAUUCCAAUUUGCGCAGGUCGGCAACGAUCAAAAGGCUACUGAGUUCUUGGCCAAGCUGGACAAUGACCCGGUGGUCGGCAAAGAGGUAGACUGCACUUCUAACUACGAGAACGAGUCCGCGGAGAUGGCUAAGGCCCAACCCCCAGUCGACUUGACCCCCGACUUGUGGAUGAUCAAGCUCAUCCUCGGUGCCAUCGACCCGAGCUACGAUACCAAAGACGAAAAGGCCGGUAUGGCUCCUGGUGCAGGUAUGCCACCAGGCGGCGGCUACGGCGGCCCCGGAGGCCAUCAAGGAGGCUAUGGUGGUCCGCAGCAAGGCUACGGCGGUCCACCCCCUGGUCAGGGCGGCCCAGGUGGCUAUGGCGGUCAGCAGCCGCAGCAAGGUUAUGGUGGUCCUCCUCCUGGUCAAGGUGGUUACCCGCCCCAGCAAGGGUACGGGGGACAGCCGCAACAGAGCGGGUACGGUGCUCCUCCACCACCGCGACGCUAUUAG